AUGGCCAUCAUGGCCCAUGGCUGCCCCUCACACUGCCCUUCUCCCCCAGGAGUCGGAGGUCCAGCGGCCGCCGCUGCUGCCAAAGCAGCUGCCAAAGCAGCCAAGUAUGGAGCAGGUGGCCUGGCUCCUGGCGUGGGUGGCCUGGCUCCUGGUGUAGGUGGUCUGGCUCCUGGCGUGGGUGGCCUUGCUCCUGGUGUUGGUGGCCUUGCUCCUGGUGUUGGUGGCCUGGUCCCUGGUGUUGGUGCUGUCCCAGGGGUGGGAGCUCCAGCAGCAGCAGCGAAAGCAGCAGCCAAGGCAGCCAAAUACGGUGCCGGAGUCGGAGGGGUGCCCGGAGCGGUGCCCGGAGCGGUGCCCGGCGUUGGUGGAGUGCCAGGAGUGGCACCUGGUGUUGGUGCUGUGCCCGGGUUGGUACCGGGUGUGGGGGUACCCGGUACUGGCAUCCUCCCUGGGGCAGGCAUCCCUCAAGUAGGGGUGCAGCCUGGUGCUAAACCUCCCAAGUUCGGUGUUCCUGGGGCUGGUGUGCCAGGAGUUGGUGGUGUGCCAGGAGUUGGUGUGCCGGGAGUCGGCGGCAUCCCAGGGGGCUUGUUUCCAGGAGCUGCUGGGAAACCCCCUAAGCCAGGUUUUGGUGUUGGGGGGCUGCAGCCAGGAGCUGGAGUUCCCGGCUUCGGCGUGUCACCGAUAUUCCCAGGUGGGGUAGCCGGCCAGCUGGGCUUCGGUGGGAAACCCCCGAAGACCUAUGGAGGAGCCCUUGGUGCCCUUGGAUUUAGAGGCGGCGUGGGCUGCGCACAAGGGAAGUACUGCGGGAGGAAGCGGAAGUAACCGUCCCCCAUCACCGAUGACCUCAUGAACUUUGGUGCUACUGCAUGGUCCAGAAUGUAAACCCCAAGCAAAGCUGAGACAGCCCCCCUCCCCACCCCCCC